GCUAGUUAUGUGCUCGAUUUCUCACGUGAGCAAGUCAUGUUUACAAAUUUAUAAAUUCGAGGUGUACAUCGUCAUUGCCUACUUUAAUUUUAUUUUCUAUCAGUGAUUGCACACGAUCAAGUGUUCGAUGGAAAGUGGAGAAAACACAUUGAGGUUAAAGGACAUGGAUGUAAUGUCGGGCCGCAUACAUUUGCCAUUCAAAUGUGAGAUUUGUCAUGAAUCAUUUGAACUGGAAAGUGAAUUCAAACGCCACAACAACUCAGUACAUAAUCAAAGCGAACCCUGUGGAUCUAAGGUUUUAGAUGAUAUAUUGGACCUAGAGAGUGAACUCGAGGGUCACAAUUACUCAGAACAUAAUCAAAGCAAACCCUGUGAAAGUGAGAUUUUCCCUGGUUCUUUUGAACUGCAAAGUGACCUUGAGAAUCAUAAGGACUCAGACCAUUAUCAAAGCCAACCCUUUGAAUGUGAGACUUUUCCUAAUUCAUUUGGACAGCAAAGUGACCUCGCGGGUCACAAGGAUACGGACUAUAAUCAUAGCCAACCCUUUGAAUGUGAGACUUUGAAUGAAUCAUUUAAACUAGAAAGUAAGCUCGAACGUCACAAGGACUCAACACAUAAACCACGGACAAACUUUGAACGCGAGAUUAGUCAUCGAUCAUUUGAACUGCAAAGUGACCUUGAGAAUCAUAAGGACUCAGACCAUUAUCAAAGCCAACUCUUUGAAUGUGAGACUUUUUCUGAUUCAUUUGGACAGGAAAGUGGCCUCAGGGGUCAAGAAGACAAAGACCAUAAUCAGAAAGAAACCUUUGAAUGUAAGAUUUGUCACCGAUCAUUUGAACUGGAAAGUGACCUCAAGAGUCACGAGGAAACAGAUCAUAAUGAGAAGAAACCUUAUGAAUGUGUAAUUACACAUUUCCCCAAAUCAUUGGGAACAAAAAGCAAUCUCAAUAAUCAAGUAAAUACAGCACAUAGCCGUAGCAAAUCCUUCGACUGUGAGAUUUGUCAUAAAUCAUUCGGACGAAAGGGUACUCUCAAUAAACACAUAAGUACAGUCCAUAAUCGGAGCAAACCCUUUGAAUGUGAAAAGUGUCACAAAUCAUUCGGACAAAAAGGUCAUCUUGUAACUCAUAUUAGUACAGUACAUAAUCGGAGCAAACCCUUUGAAUGUGAAAUUUGUCACAAAUCAUUUGGACACAAGCAUAACCUCAAUAAACACACAAGUGCAGUCCAUAAUCGGAGCAAACCCUUUGAAUGUAAAAAGUGUCACAAAUCAUUCGGACAAAAAGGUCAUCUUGUAACUCAUAUUAGUACAGUACAUAAUCGGAGUAAACCCUUUGAAUGUGAUAUUUGUCACAAAUCAUUUGGAUUAAAGAGUAUUCUCAAAAAUCACAUAGUUACAGUACAUAAGCGGAGCAAACCCUUUGAAUGUGAACUUUGUCAUGAAUCAUUUGGAGUAAAGGGUACCCUCAAAAAACACAUAAGUGCAGUCCAUAAUCGGAGCAAAACCUUUGAAUGUGAAAUUUGUCACAGAACAUUUGGACAAGAGAGUACUCUCAAAACUCACAUGAACAUACAUUAUCAGAUCAAACCCUUUGUUUGCGAGAUUUGUCGCAAAUCGUUUGGGUUAAAAAGUUACCUCAAUAAACACACCAAUAGAAAACAUAAGCAUUACAAACCCUACAAAUGUGAAUUUUGUCCCGAAUCAUUCGGCACAAAGGGCAGCCUCGAUGAACACAUAAAAUCGGCACAUCCCUUUGAGACUGGUUAGCCACAAAUGACUUAGAUACUGGACUAAACUUGAAAACUACAAUUUGACAGCACAUAAUUUUGAUUACCCGAGACAAUUGUGAUGAAAGA